AUGCCUGACGUCUCCAAAACCCAAGCCUAUGGCAAACUGAUUCUAUUCGGAGAGCACUUUGUCGUCUAUCAUGUGCCAGCAUUGGUGGGAGCCGUGGCCGCGUCCACCACGUGUGCCUUGGAAGUGGUCGAGGGUGGUUCUGAUGAGGGUGUAGAGAUCAUUGACAAUCGACCAGCCGUCCCAAAUUACAAGGUGAAAAAGGCAGACGAGGGCAAACAGGCCGUUGAUUUGGUGCUGAAACACUUUGCCGUCCAAGACAAACUGGAUGGCAAAAGCAGCCUGAAAUUGACCUUUGGUGGUGAUUUGUGUUGCGUGUCGGGGAUUGGAGCAUCGGCUGCGCAAACCGUCAGUUUGUCUCGAGCCAUUGAUCAAACAUUCAAGCUGAAUAGCACGGAAGAAGAAAUCAAUCAGGGUGGAUACGAAGGAGAAAAGGGGUAUCAUGGAACUCCUUCUGGGAUUGACAAUACGGCUGCCACCUAUGGUGGCUUGCUCAAGUUUCAGCGAACUGAGGCGGAUCCAAUCUUUACCAAGAAGGAAAUCAAGGAACCCAUUCGAAUCGUGUAUGCGUCGACUGGGAUUACCGCUUCGACAACAGAAGUGGUGGGAGACGUCCGUUCCAAAAAGGAAGCCGACCCGGCCUGGUUUGACAAGCUGUUGGAACAGUACAAGGCUUUGGUGAAGAAAGCAGAAGAUGCCAUGGAUCAAGGUGACAUUCCAUUGUUGGGAUCUUUGAUGAAUGAGAACCACAAGCUUUGCCAGGAGUUGACGGUCAGCUGCGCGGAAUUGGAUCAGCUGGUGGAAACUGCGCGAAGUGCCGGAGCGAUUGGUGCCAAGAUGAGCGGGACUGGCCGUGGAGGUCUCAUGCUAUGCCUGACUCCCACGGAAGAGAUCCAAAACAAGGUCUUUGAGGCCCUUGAAAAAAGUGCUCCUCAAGUUUGGAAGACUUGUCUUCAAUAA